UAGCAUCACAUGGAGAGAGGAGGCGGCUGAGCAGCGCAGCUGAGCCGGACGCGGAGUUCGGGGUUCGGCUGUGGGAAGAGAGCUCACCGCGGUGUUUGCGGAUUAAUUUGUCUUUUCUUCAGGAAUUUCUUCGGCUGCGAUGCUUCAGGACCCGGCGGCAGCGUCCUUCAUGCCCGUUGUGGUGCAGUGCUGGUUCUGAGAGCGCAGCUGAGCAGUGGGAUAACUGAGGGCCACCAGACCAAUAAGACAUGCUGGCUGCCAUGCUGCGGCAGAGUACAGGCGGAGGAUCCGGCGGAGGUGGAGGUGGUGGAGGUGGUGGUAGUGGAACCAAACUCUCUCUCGGCAUCUCCCGCCUCUCUGGCUCCAGCUUGGGCUCAGCGGGCCCCGCGAGGGUCUCCAAGAGCGGCUCGGUGAGCUCGGAGAGCCCAGAUGUUCCCGCCUCAGACCCAAACUACAUUAUGCAGCUGGUCAGUGACGUGCGCAAGUUUGCUGAUGUGCUUCUACAACUGAAAGAAGUUUUCAACUCCAAAGAGCACCAGGACUGCCUCCAUCAGGCGGUCCAUGAGCGGCUCGGGGAGCUGCUGCGAGUCCUGAAGGCCAUUAUCAGCAAACACCAGAGCCUCAACUCGGUGGACAUCCUCAGUACAGCUGGAACCGUCAUCGCCACGGUCAAAGGAGUGAACUUUAAGGAGGUGAACGAAGAGAACAAACAGAAGCUUUUCGGAGAGAUCUACGAUGCUAUCGACACAUUGGCCUUCACGUUUGGCAAUGUAGUGUCUGACUUCCUUAUGGGAGAUGUAGAGAAUGGAUCAGUGUUGGGGCUUCCCCUGACGAAGAGAAGCAGGUCUUUUGAGAACCUCUCCGUGGAAUCUGGAGGAUCCGGUCCUGAGAAAGAUGAUCCGCCAGGGCCGUGUCCGCCGGUUCGGGCCGAAGAGGUGGACAGGAUGCUGCAGCGGCAGGACAGUGGUGUGGAGUCAGCGCUGCUCUACGCAAAGGCCUGGUCCAAGUACACCAAGGAGCUGCUGGCAUGGGUGGAAAAACGCCUCAGCAUGGAUAUCGAGUGUGCGAAGAGUCACGCCAAAAUGGCUGAAUCUGCUAAGACGCUUGCGAGUCAGCAGGAGUUCAUGCCUUUCCGAGAGAUCUACAUGACUGCUUUCAAAAAUGAUACUGAAUACAGCCAGUUGGUACUUCACACUGCAGCAGUGCUGCAAAGCAACAAAUUCACACAGCCUCUCCUGGCCAGAAAGAAUGAGCUGGACAAGCUACGAAAAGAGGUGAAGGAGCAGUGGCAGAGAGAGCAGAAAAAGAUGCAUGAGGCAGACAGCGCUCUGAGGAAGGCUCGGCUGCUGCAGGUCCAGCGGCAGGAGGAGUAUGAGAAGGCCAAGGUGUCGACCAGCCGCCUGGAGGAGGAGCAGAUCGGAGGAGGAGGAGGAGCAGCGGCAGCUAAACAGCUGGAGAAGAGGCGCCGGCUGGAGGAGGAGGCCCUGCAGAAGGCAGAGGAGGCCAGGGAUCACUGCAAAGCCUGUCAGAUUGAUGUCGGAGAGAAGAGAGUGGAUCUCGCCCACACCAAGAGUGAGAUCAUCACUCAGAUCCGAGAGAUGGUCUCUCAGUGCGACCUCACCCUCAAGGCUGUGACGGUCAACUGGUUCCAGCUCCAGCAGGCCCAGGUCGUGUCCCUCCCUGUCAACCACCAGAGUCUGUGUGAAAACGCUAAGCUGUACGAGCCUGGCCAGCGAUACAUCGACUUUGUCAGGAGUUUGCCUGCCGACGGGCCUCGUCUGGAGCCCCACUCGUUUGAUUCAGCCGUGACUCAGAGCACAGGGAUGCCUUUCAACAAGCGCUCAACAAGUGGCUGCCACUCAUCCCACAGUAACCUGUCGCAGGCAUCCAUGACCUCUGACCUCCUUGGUGGAGACGAGGUGGACAGUCCCAUCAACGCCCAGCAUACCAAGAUUGCAGAGAGGCGCUCCAACAGUAGCACAGACAUCCAAGCUCUUCGGAUUCAGGCCCCGUUUCGUCCCUGGGCCACGGCCAGCCAGGGUGGAGGGAUGUGCAGCGAUUCAGAAAGUGCCGGAGGGAGCAGUGAGUCCCGGUCCAUGGACUCGCCCACUGCAAGCCCAGGAGACUUCAAGAGGAGAUUACCCAGAACCCCCUCCACCGGCACCAUGUCUUCCGCGGAUGACCUGGAUGAGAGAGAGCCUCCCUCGCCCUCUGAUAACGGUUUGAGUGAGAUUGUGAUAGAGACAGCCAGCUCCCCUGGUCCCUUCAGAAACACCCAGAUGUCAAAGGCAGCUCAAACCCACAAGCUGAGGAAGCUCAGAGCUCCCUCCAAGUGUCGAGAGUGUGACAGCCUGGUGGUGUUUCAUGGAGCAGAGUGUGAGGAGUGUUCGUUGGCCUGCCACAAGAAGUGUCUGGAAACCUUGGCCAUCCAGUGUGGCCAUAAGAAGCUCCAGGGGAGGCUUCACCUCUUUGGCAUUGACUUCACGCAGGCGGCUAAGAACAGUCAGGACAGCGUCCCCUUCAUCAUACGGAAGUGUACAUCAGAAAUCGAGAACAGAGCGCUCAACAUUAAGGGUAUCUACCGUGUGAACGGUGCCAAGUCUCGGGUGGAGAAGUUGUGCCAGGCGUUUGAAAAUGGCAAGGACCUGGUGGAGCUCUCCGACCUUUAUCCCCACGACAUCAGCAACGUACUCAAACUCUACCUGAGACAGCUUCCAGAGCCACUCAUCCUGUUCCGCUUCUAUAACAACUUCAUCGGUUUGGCCAAGGAAAGCCAGAGCAUCAUUGUGGAGGAGCUGGAGGCGUUGCGGCUCAGUCCCACCCCGGUGGCCCCGGCCCAGGUCAGCGUGGAGCUCAACCGUGUCCUCUUCAAGAUCAAGGACCUGCUGAAGCAGCUGCCACCAGCUCAUUACAAGACUCUGCAGUUCCUAAUAGAGCAUCUGCACCGGGUGACAGAGCGGUCCGAGGAGAAUAAGAUGACAGCCAGUAACCUGGGUAUCAUCUUCGGCCCCACGCUGAUCAAGCCGAGGCAGGCGGACGCUGAAGUGUCCCUGUCCUCUCUGGUGGAUUACCCCUAUCAGGCGCUCAUUGUGGAGCUCCUGAUCAGACACUAUCAGAUGGUCUUUGAUACCCCCCUCAGUCCCCUAAGCAGCACCUCGCCCACAGAGCUUGAUGCCCCGCCCCGCCAUGACACCCGCCUCACCCACCAGGAGAAGGAGCAGCAGCUGAUAAGGCACUCCAAGUCGCUGGGAGACAUUAAAGAGCAGACCUCAAAGGUGUACAAGAGACAUUCCUCCAUUAUUCCUUCUUCCCACUUACUGGCUGAGGUUCAGGAGACCAUGCCAGGCCUCGACGGAAGUGACUUUGAACCUGCUGAUGAAGUGGAUUCAGAGACCCUCAAUGGGGUUUUAUCAUCAAGUGUCCCUGAAGCCCCGAAACCUGGUGAGAGAGGGCUCUGUCGUUCUCAGCACAUCACAGUCGCCAGAGUUCAGCUUCGACACCCUCGCAACAAGCUCUCCUCCCGGCCAAUCAGCAUGCCAGCCGAGCGGAUACUGAGCCGAGGCCCAGCUGACGAGAGUAACGCCCGGGACGGCACCGAGCCUGACGUCAGGAAAGGAGGCAGCUGCGACCAGUCUAUCGAAGAGGUGGACGAAACCGAGAACACUAAAUCGCGAGUGGCCACACAUUACCGGAGUACAUUUAUCGACACUCAGACUUUACGCAGAACUUGGGACAAACAGUACAAGCACGAAGUUGCUUCUAGGACUGUGAGGAUUGUGGCCGCAGAGAGCACGACGGUGGAUUCCAGCAAAUUAUCAGCCUCUGUGCCAUCAACCCUCUCCCUUGGAACCAGCACGAGCACUAUUAGCACCAUCUACCCCAGCAGACCUUACACGGUCGCAGUGCGACCCAGCAGGACUUUGAGAAGGGAGGACAAUGUAACCAAGUACAGCCCCGUCGCAACGACUUUCAGGGCCCCCAGGACUCUCCAGCCUCCCCCAGGAACCUUCUACAAGCCCCCGUCUGGGAGCAAAGCUAAAGUGCUGAAGAACUGUGCACCGGCUAACAGCGCUGAGGAAGAAGAUGAGGAGGAGGAUGACGAGGAGGACGAGGAGGAGGAGUUGGGGAUUGAGAUAGAAGUGUCUGUAGAUGAGCCUCUUGAGGAGGACACUGAGGCCGAGCCGGUGGCUGUGUCUCAGUCUCCCAGUUCUAGCCCCGAGGAACUGGGCCAAAACCAGACCAAACCAGUGUACCAGAGACUAAGGCCCAGACGCCUGCAAGAGGUAGAACAUCGAGAGGCUCAUUUUGUGUGAUCCUCUGAGAGUCACGGGCUGUCAGAGCUCUAAGAAUCGGUGCUCCAGUGUGAACAGUGUGUGCCAUGUUCUGUCAGAGAAAGAAUAAGAAACAUCUGCAUUGACUCUGCAAAGACAGUUUCCAGAUGUGCUAUGAUUUUGGGCACUACACAGAGAAUUAAAUGUACCUUUGGUCCUCAAAAGACAAACAGGAUGCACUUAACAAGCUGUACAUUUUUAACAUGAUUCACCAGUAUUUCAUUUACCAAUCACUUGCUCAGUGCUCUCUGACACCUGGUCAGAAUAUUUAUAAUUUUUUCGAAACUGUGCAAUUACAUUUUAUUUGAGUGUUUUGUAUAAAGUUUGUACACGCUCAGUAUCUAUGUAUGUUUAUAUACCAAAAAACUGUUUGAAUCCUCACACUCGUGCACGUAGCCAUGACGUUGAAAAAAAGUUUUGUGCAAAGUUGAUGUCAGUGCUCUUCCACAAAUCUUUUCCGAGUCAUGUUUCUACCUGCCGAGUCACAACUGUUACAUUUAGGGACUCAUUAAUCAGUUUGCUAAUAACUUGUGUAUAAAGGAAUAUAAUGACCCUUGUUACAUGUUGUACUGAAUACUUCUGUUGGCAUUUGCUAAUGUUAUGAAGCACCAGUUGCAAAGGGUGUUCAUCCACUUGUUUUUAUACUUUUGAACUUUUACGGUGUCAACUCAGACUCUUCUGAAAAGCUUUUGGAGAUGCCACGGCAUUAUCUUUCUUAUUUUAACAGAACAUUACAUUUCUUAAUCGCCAAAGCGUUUUCAUUUUUUUUUUUUUUUCUUUUUAAACUGAAGUAGUUUUAUCAAUAACCUAAAUCUUACAGGUUCUCUGUAAGUAACAGGAAAUGCAUCAUUUAUUUAAAUGGUAUCUGUUUUUCAUGGUAAUGUACAAGGUUGACAGAAUGUUGAAAAGUUCAGUAAAGAAAAAAAACAGGUACAUGAAAACAAACACCCUUUUGUAACUUAUUAAAAUAUAUCUGACAACUUCCAACUGUUUGUUUUUUAUU